AGAAUGACCGAGGCUGCUGUCGGUAGCACUUAUUCUGAUAACGAAAAGGUACCUUUAUUUGCCGAAUAUCCUACCUAUACUGUACCUGGCGUGAUGACUACUAAAGAACCAUUGGAGUUAAGUGGAUCAAAUGGACAGAAGGUAGAAAACAGUAUGGAAUCGCCUAAACCGGGAAAAGUAACCGGAACAUUGGCCCUGGCUUGUGCUGCAGCAGUAUGCGGGUCAUCGCUUCAAUUUGGAUACAACACUGGUGUUAUCAAUGCACCCCAGAAUGUGAUUGAAUCAUUCAUCAAUGAGACCAACUUCAAACGUAGUGGUGAGGCAAUGAGCCAAGACAGGGUGACUUUCAUCUGGUCAACAGCGGUAGCCAUCUUUGCUGUAGGGGGCAUGGUGGGAUCGCUAUCGGCUGGAUUCUUUGCAAACUACCUUGGGAGAAAGAAAAGCAUGCUGGCGAACAACCUAAUUGCUUUCGUGGGAGCAGCUCUCAUGGGCUUUUCCAAGAUGGCCGCUUCGUAUGAGAUGCUCAUCAUUGGAAGAUUAAUCAUUGGUAUCAAUUGUGGACUCAACACUGGCUUUGUCCCAUUGUAUCUGUCUGAGAUUGCUCCCUUCAAUCUCAGAGGAGGGAUAGGUGUUCUUAAUCAAGUGGGGGUGGCUAGUGGUAUCCUCAUCUCACAAGUCUUUGGUCUCCCAGUGGUCCUAGGUACUGAUAAAUGGUGGCCAUUGCUGCUGGGUCUUACUGCCGUACCUGCUGUCUAUCAGCUGAUAGUUCUUCCAUUCUGUCCCGAGAGCCCUCGUUAUCUCCUCAUCACCAAGAAUGAAGAGGAAGAAAGUAGAAAGAGCCUGGAAUGGUUGCGCCGGGAUACUGACGUAGCAGCAGAUAUGGCUGAAAUGAGACGAGAGUAUGAGGAGGAAACUAGGGAAAGAAGAAUAACAAUUCUAGAACUUCUAAAGAAAGGAUCACUGCGAAGGCCCCUUGUCAUCAGCAUUGUUAUGCAGCUAUCUCAGCAAUUGUCAGGAAUCAAUGCUGUUUUGUACUACUCAACUUCUAUUUUCAUCUCAGCAGGAGUAGCAGAAGACACCGCACCCUAUGUAACCCUUAGCACUGGAGGAACUAUUGCACUGAUGGCCCUAGUCACAGUACCUUUGAUGGACCAUGCUGGUAGGAAGACCCUUCACAUGGUUGGUCUAGGUCUUAUGUUCAUCUGGGCUAUAGUCCUAACUAUCUUCCUCAACCUUCAGUCUGUGUGGGACGGUUCUUCCUAUAUCAGUAUCAUCUCUGUCAUGCUAUUUGUUGUUGGCUUUGGCCUUGGUCCUGCAUCGAUUCCUUGGCUAUUAGUGGCUGAGCUUUUCUCUCAAGGACCACGUCCAGCAGCGGUCAGUUUGGCCUUCAUGACCAACUGGAUGGCUAAUUUUAUUGUUGGACUCCUUUUCCCUCUCAUGCAGGAUGGCCUUGGUUAUUACGUCUUUCUAAUCUUUGCUGGCUUGCUGGCAGUCUUCUUCUUCUUCACCUGGAAGUUUGUCCCUGAGACAAAAAAUAAGAGUUUUGAGGAAAUCAGCGCGCUCUUCAAGUCAAGCAAGCGAGACUAUGAGUCGAACGGCACGAAGACUGUUUAUGAACAGGACGAUCUCCUUGCACAGAACAAACUCUGACAUCUGCCAACUUUUCAUCUACAGUAUUAUAUACCCGCAUGUUUGCUCAUCAUGGUGUAUAUCUUUGACCAUUAUCAAUCAAUCCAUCCAGCCGCAGAUGUACCUCUAUUCCUUGUCAUUUUUAUGUGACCAUCUCCGUGGAUGGUCAAACAAAUUUUCUCCCCUUUAAUGUUGGUUUGUCAUGUAUAUACAUACAUUCACCUUUUAUUCCCGAACAUGCAGAGGAACAGAGAAACAUACACGUUCAUGAUGAAAAUUGAGGACACGGUUUUCAGAAAACUAUUUUCCAAAAUAACCAAAGACUUUUGUGGCAUUAGGAGUCUUGUCCGAGGAUCAUUAUAAUAUUUUACAACACAACCAUGGACAUACAUGUACAUGUAUCUUUAAGAAUUAAGGAUUUUAUAAAGGAAAAUGAAAAUCAAUGAAAAAGAUGAAAAUGUACCUGUAUAUGCAAGAGAAUCUAAUUUGGGUCCAUAUGCAAUGGGUCGGCGUGCCAGGGACAUCCUUAGUUUAUUGUACUUGGAUGUCCUCGGUUCAAAUGUGACAGUUUGGAUGUGUGUCCUCAUUUGCCAGAAUGGGUACAUGUACACAUAUUAAAAUGAGUCUUGCAAUAGAUGAACUGCAAAACUGUGCUUUAUAAUAUACUGAAACUGAAGUGAUGCAGACAGAAAGUUAUAGAAUUUGUUUUGACCAUGCAAGUGUUUCACCAGAUCUUAUGGAUUGACGUCAUUGCUCCGCCAUCUUAAAGGCAAAAGCCAUUGCCUUGCAUACAUUGGUGAUCUACAGCGGGUGCAUCUCUGUCAACUCUGUUUACGCGUAUUCCUUUAUCCUUUCUGGGAGGGUGCUAUGAGAUGUGACGUCAUUUGCAUAAGGUAUAUGAAGAGAGGCGAAAUAAUACACCAUUUUCAUGAAACUAGAUUUGUGUGAUGUAGAAUGGUAAUUUUGAGAAUUUUUUUUUGAAGUGAUUUACCAGAAAUGAUAAGCUGGAAUAUUCUCAUGAGAUGUAAGAUAAUUAAUUUUAAUACUAGCCCUAUGUCUAACAACUCAAUUUUUGUAUUGCGUAUCGAGUACACUGCCAUCUUGUCAAUGUUGUUGGCCUAUCCACUCAUGUUUCAUUUCAUUAUUAAAAUAAUUGUACUGAAUAAGUGCACUGGAAUAGUUCAUCAUUUUACUACUGAAUGAUGAUAGAAUUCACUCUAUUUUUACAAUUAAUCAUUAAUACAGAUGGUAUUGCAUAAUGUACAAUACAUGAUAUUGCAAUGCCCCCCCCCAAAAAAAAAAAAAAUACAUAAAACAAUAAACCAACAUCUAUACAAUACUUAUUCACAAACAGACAAGAGAAAGAGUAUUAUGUAAAUGUGGGGGAUGAUUUAAAAAGUUAAAAAUUUACAACAUAAAUCACAUUAAACAAUACACAAACUGCUGAUGAAACAUAUCCAUUUGAUUAUGGAUGGAGUGUACAAGCCAAUUUGAUUUGGGUUUUAUACACCGAUCACAUGAAUUGAGGUUCUUUACUUCAGAAAUAUGUUGAGGAAGGAAUGUAAUGAAUUAUUGCAUGCAAUGUUUGCAUGUUUUCAAUGCAAAUAUGGAUGUACAUGUAUUUAUAAUUCAAAAUGUUCAGGUUGUUGCUUUCCACGCUUAGAGCAUGGGAAAGGAAACAUCUUUUGGGACCUGUUGCACAAAAGCUACUAUUGAUAGUACUUUCACAUCGAUAGAUAAGAAUGCAUUACAAUCAAUCACAAUAAAGGUUGCCAUACAUGGUAAAGUAAGCAUAACUUUAAAAAGUUUCAUGUAAUUUGGUCAAGGUCUUAAGUUUGAAUGAAAAUCACUAGCGCACUGUGUAUGUGGCCGUGUGUAUAUGGAUAUAGAUUUGUCUAUGUAUUUUUUUAUUUUCUUGUGUACUUGCUCUGUGUACUUUUGUGUAGUAUUACACAUGGGCGAUGUUUCAUAUAAAUGUUUUUUUCAAGUGACACGUUUCGUAACAAAUCACUGGAAUUAGCCCAAUGAAUUAGAUUUUGAAAUUGAUUUUAAGAGCAUUUUUAGAUAUUAAAUUUGCUGAAAUUGGUGAAUAUUCUUCCUUUAAAGUUGACAUUACUUUGUUUUACUCUUUGAAAAAUUGUUUACAUUCCCUAAAAGAAAUAGUACAAAGUAAAAACAAGCUUGUGCGAAAUAAUCCAGAGUUCUUUUGAAAAUUCUUGACAUCAUUAAAUAUGAAAAAUGAAGUCACAUGAUAUGAGUCAUGACAUCACAACAGAAUGAUUAUUAUGUCACAAGUUUGUUCUCCAAAUUUUUGACCCUCAUUUUUUUUUCACUUGAAGCCUGUAAUGUGUGUGUGUGGAUUUUUUUUAAUAGCUACUCCAUCAAAUCUGAAUAAUGCUGAGCUCUAUUGCAGUAUAUCAGAAAAAAAUCUUUGUGAAACACCCUUGGUAUAUGGACAGUCUGAAAUAAUAUUUGUUAAACACCCCUCCCUCUUUUCUGGACAACCUGAACAAAUUUGUGGAACGUCCCUCCCCAAUGUAUCUAAUGAUGGUUCACCCCAAGUUAUACAUUAAAAAUUUAAAAUGUUAUUUUUAUUAUCAAUAAUGUAAUCCUUUCUUUCCCCUGUGAUUUCUCAUUUGCUGGAUGUAUUAAGAUUGAUUUAAUUAUCUUUUUACAUACUUGGAGUGUAUUCUUUACAUAUAUUCCACAGGCAUCUACAUCUAUGAAUUACAUGGAGGAUACGCCUAUGUUGCCUUGAUGAUGAAUGCAACACACAUACAACACUACAUUAAUUCUUGUAAUGGUUAUUUACAUGAAAUUCUCCUCUGAUCUAUAGUUAUCCUAAAACUAAUUUUAGAUAGUUUGUAUUGUUAAAUCAAACCCUGUAUAUUAUUAUUUAUCAUUUUAAAUGCUUGAAACCUGAACUUGUGCAAUUAUUUUUCUGCGGGAUCAGUAAAAGUUGAUACUGGUUUCUGGAUGAAAGUCCAUAAUUGCAAAAUGUGGGUAUCACAUAUAGUUGAACUAAUUUUUGUAUGCAAGAGGUAAAGGUAUACUGAUAAACUUGCGUUUUUAUGUUUUUGAUAGUGUAGUUGGAUUUAGCAACCAUUUCAGCUACUAGUAUUCUAUUUUGUUUAAUUGAUCAUGUAGUUUGCAUGUUAAGUACUGAGCAGUGCAGUAUGGACCUGUAGUGUAAUCUAAGCUACAUGGGAUUGCUAUGAACUGAUGCAGAGGUUUGAGGCUCGGGCCCUAGUCACGUCUAUUGGAUGGUACUAUU